GUUUCCCCUUCCCUCUCCCUCUCUCUCUUCCGUCGAGCUUACUGCCAGAGACUGGGAGUCUCUGAAAUCAGUCCGAGCUGACAACCGCCGCGAAAGGAGCCGACUGAGGUCGGCUCGCCGUCUCGCCUUCCAGACUUUUUGCGACAGGCAAGUUCAGGUCUUUGCUUGAUGAUGGCAGCUACUGCAAUAUCACCCCAUAUUCCGGCCAACAUUAAAUCGGCAUCUUUGAAAUAUCCGUGGUCAGGAGUUGCGGUUGUUGGCCUUGCAGGAUGCUUUCACACAGCUGCCUAUGCAUUUAGCCAGAAGCUUUGUUCCCAGUUCUCCUUCUUCCAUGUAACCCGGCCUUCAUUGGUGAAUGAUUUCAAAAACAUGACCUGGCCCAUUCGGAGUAGUGCAGAUGGCAGAGGAUUGGAUUUGGAUCCUUCCACAGAUGGCACGAAUGGCACAACACGAUUGAUAAGGGCAAUGCAAGACUUUCAAAAUAAACUUGGUGCCAAAGUCCAAGAGAUCAGGAAAAAUUUCCCAAUGAAGGUGCUCUUUUUCUUGGUGGGCUUUUACUGUGCAACAGCCUUUGCAACUGUCAUCGGGCAAACAGGGGACUGGGACAUUCUAUCUGCUGCCUUAGCUGUGGUGGUUGUCGAGGGAAUUGGAGCUCUUAUGUACAGGGCUUCUGUUCCUGUAUUCAGCCGUGUUAGAAGCCUUAUUUCCAUGUUCAAUUACUGGAAAGCCGGGCUUUCCCUUGGUCUCUUCUUGGACUCGUUUAAGUACUGAAUAGAUGACACCAUUGGCUUACACAGCCUUUCACAUUACACAGCCUUUCAGGUUGCAGAGAUGCAAGGAUAUCUGCUAGCCGGAUGCAUGAGGCACCAGAGCAUCUUGGAGUCUAAUCAUUCAGAGCAAUGGAUCUGUUGGAUAACGUUCUUCCAAGUAUGCUAUUUGACAUGAAUCAGCUGGCAAAAAGUCGAGAGUUUUAGCUCUAUGUUAGAGAAUAGAAGAGUAUGCAAUUUGGCAUGAAUCGCCUUCUCCGGCGGAUUCCAUGUGGAUUGAGUCUUCUGAUGGUGGGUGCCUCCUGAAUCUCUCCAAGAUGAUAAAAUUCUCUUUCUCAAGUAUCAGAGCAUGUAAAUAACUACCUCGGCAUUAUUUUGCUGCUGGGGGCUUCAUACGUAAGUAAGGACUUUUAUAUUGAGAUGGUUGGGGUUAUCAAAGUUUGUUACUGAA